GUUGCUAUUACUUCUGGUAGGCGGCAGGUAGGACAGCUGUAUACUGGAACUGCGUCCUCCUUGAGGCAUCCAGGUUGGAAUAAGAGCCUGGGGCCGACCUUGGUGCAUGGGGAGCCAAGACGACGCGCUCCCCACCCCGGACCAUUCCACUGUGCUGCGCGUUGAGGGUGAGGAGCGCGCGGUGGUUGCGCCCGGCGCCGCCCCCGCCACAGCCACCCGCGCCAAGCGCUCCCGCAGGAUGGCGCGGGCCAAGCUGCCGCGCUCGCCGUCCGAGGGCAAGGCGGGUCCGGGGAACACCCCAGCCGGCGCUGCAGCCCCCGAGGAGCCGCAUGGGCUCAGCCCUCUGCUGCCGGCCCGUGGAGGGGGCUCCGUAGGCAGCGACGUGGGCCAGAGGCUUCAUGUGGAAGAUUUCAGCCUGGACUCUUCCCUCUCUCAGGUCCAGGUGGAAUUCUAUGUCAACGAGAACACCUGCAAAGAACGACUCAAGCUUUUCUUCAUCAAAAACCAAAGAUCCAGCCUGAGGAUCCGGCUGUUCAACUUCUCCCUCAAGCUCCUCACCUGCCUGCUGUAUAUUGUCCGCGUCCUGCUCGACAACCCAGACCAGGGCAUCGGAUGCUGGGGCUGCACGAAGUAUAACUACACUUUCAAUGGCUCAUCCUCCGAGUUCCACUGGGCACCCAUCCUGUGGGUGGAGAGGAAGAUGGCUCUGUGGGUGAUCCAGGUCAUUGUGGCCACAAUAAGCUUCUUAGAGACAUGGCUCCUCAUUUACCUCAGCUACAAAGGCAACAUCUGGGAGCAGAUCUUCCACGUUUCUUUCGUCCUGGAGAUGAUCAACACGCUGCCCUUCAUCAUCACGGUCUUCUGGCCACCUCUUCGGAACCUGUUCAUCCCCGUGUUUCUCAACUGCUGGCUGGCCAAGCACGCGCUGGAGAACAUGAUCAACGACUUCCACCGUGCCAUCCUGCGCACACAGUCUGCCAUGUUCAACCAGGUGCUCAUCCUCUUCUGUACACUGCUGUGCCUCGUCUUCACGGGGACCUGUGGGAUCCAGCACCUGGAGCGGGCAGGUGGGAACUUGAACCUGCGGACAUCCUUCUACUUCUGCAUCGUCACUUUCUCAACUGUGGGCUUUGGUGAUGUGACACCCAAGAUCUGGCCCUCCCAGCUCCUGGUGGUCAUCCUGAUCUGUGUGACCCUUGUGGUGCUCCCACUGCAGUUUGAAGAGCUUGUCUACCUCUGGAUGGAGAGACAGAAGUCAGGGGGUAACUACAGCCGCCACCGAGCACAGACAGAAAAGCAUGUGGUCCUGUGCGUGAGCUCCCUCAAGAUUGACCUCCUCAUGGAUUUCCUGAAUGAGUUCUAUGCCCACCCCCGGCUCCAGGACUACUACGUGGUCAUCCUGUGUCCCUCCGAAAUGGAUGUCCAGGUGCGCAGGGUACUGCAGAUUCCCCUGUGGUCCCAGCGAGUCAUCUACCUCCAGGGCUCUGCCCUCAAGGACCAGGACCUCAUGCGAGCCAAGAUGGACAACGGCGAGGCCUGCUUUAUCCUCAGCAGCAGGAAUGAGGUGGACCGUACUGCUGCGGAUCACCAGACCAUCCUUCGAGCCUGGGCUGUGAAGGACUUUGCCCCCAACUGUCCCCUCUACGUCCAGAUUCUCAAGCCUGAAAACAAGUUCCACGUCAAAUUUGCUGACCACGUGGUAUGCGAGGAGGAGUGCAAGUACGCCAUGCUGGCCCUGAACUGCAUCUGCCCGGCCACCUCCACCCUCAUCACCCUGCUGGUGCACACAUCCCGUGGCCAGGAAGGACAGGAGUCUCCAGAGCAGUGGCAGCGCAUGUAUGGGCGCUGCUCGGGCAACGAAGUGUACCACAUUCGCAUGGGUGACAGCAAGUUCUUCCGGGAGUAUGAGGGCAAGAGCUUCACCUACGCAGCCUUCCACGCACACAAGAAGUAUGGUGUGUGCCUCAUUGGGCUGAAGCGUGAGGAGAACAAGAGCAUCCUGCUGAACCCGGGGCCACGGCACAUCCUGGCGGCCUCCGACACCUGCUUCUAUAUCAACAUCACCAAGGAGGAGAACUCAGCCUUCAUCUUCAAGCAGGAGGAGAAGCAGAAGAGGCGAGGUCUUGCAGGGCAGGCGCUGUACGAGGGACCAUCCCGGCUGCCAGUGCACAGCAUCAUUGCCUCUAUGGGGACAGUGGCCAUGGACCUGCAGAACACGGAUUGCCGGCCCUCCCAGGGUGGGAGUGGUGGCGGCGGCGGCGGCGGCGGCAGCGGCAAGCUGGCUCUGCCCACGGAGAAUGGCUCUGGCAGUCGGCGCCCCAGCAUCGCCCCCGUUCUGGAGGUGGCAGACGGCUCAGCCCUGUUGCCCUGCGACCUGCUGAGUGACCAGUCAGAGGAUGAGGUGACGCCCUCGGAGGACGAGGGGCUCUCUGUGGUUGAGUAUGUGAAGGGCUACCCCCCCAACUCGCCCUACAUUGGCAGCUCCCCGACCUUAUGCCACCUCCUGCCUGUGAAAGCUCCCUUCUGCUGCCUGAGGCUGGACAAGGGCUGCAAACACAACAGCUACGAAGAUGCCAAGGCCUACGGGUUCAAGAACAAGCUGAUCAUCGUCUCCGCUGAGACAGCCGGCAACGGGCUCUACAACUUCAUCGUGCCUCUGCGCGCCUACUACCGGUCCCGCCGGGAGCUCAACCCCAUCGUGCUGCUGCUUGACAACAAGCCUGACCACCACUUCCUGGAGGCCAUCUGCUGCUUCCCCAUGGUCUACUACAUGGAGGGCUCUGUGGACAAUCUGGACAGCCUGUUGCAGUGCGGCAUCAUCUAUGCUGACAACCUGGUGGUGGUGGACAAGGAGAGCACCAUGAGUGCUGAAGAGGACUACAUGGCAGAUGCCAAGACCAUUGUCAAUGUGCAGACCAUGUUUCGGCUCUUCCCCAGCCUCAGCAUCACCACAGAGCUCACCCACCCUUCCAACAUGCGGUUCAUGCAGUUCCGUGCCAAGGACAGCUACUCGCUGGCUCUUUCCAAACUGGAAAAGCGAGAACGGGAAAAUGGCUCCAACCUGGCCUUCAUGUUCCGCCUCCCAUUUGCUGCUGGCCGAGUGUUUAGCAUCAGCAUGUUGGAUACGCUUCUCUACCAGUCCUUCGUGAAGGACUACAUGAUCACCAUCACCAGGCUGCUGUUGGGCCUUGACACGACACCAGGCUCCGGUUACCUCUGUGCCAUGAAGGUAACUGAGGCCGACCUGUGGAUCCGUACUUAUGGCCGCCUCUUCCAGAAACUCUGCUCCUCCAGUGCAGAGAUCCCCAUCGGCAUCUACAGGACCGAGUGCCACGUCUUCUCCUCUGAGCCCCAUGACCUCAGAGCCCAGUCCCAGAUCUCGGUGAACAUGGAGGACUGCGAGGACACUCGGGAGGCCAAGGGGUCCUGGGGCACACGGGCUGCCUCUGGCAGUGGCAGCACCCAUGGCCGCCACGGGGGCAGUGCUGACCCAGCAGAGCACCCACUCCUGCGCCGCAAGAGCCUGCAGUGGGCCCGCAAGCUGAGUCGGAAGAGCAGCAAGCAGGCGGGCAAGGCGCCUGCAGCCACAGAGUGGAUCACCCAGCAGCGGCUCAGCCUCUACCGACGCUCAGAACGCCAGGAGCUCUCAGAGCUGGUCAAGAACCGGAUGAAACACCUGGGGCUGCCCACCACUGGCUAUGAGGACGUAGCAAAUUUAACAGCCAGUGAUGUGAUGAAUCGGGUAAACCUGGGAUAUUUGCAAGACGAGAUGAACGACCAUCACCAGAACACUCUUUCCUACGUACUCAUCAAUCCCCCACCAGACACGAGGCUGGAGCCCAACGACAUUGUGUACCUCAUCCGCUCUGAUCCCCUGGCCCACGUGGGCAGCAGCUCCCAGAGUCGGAAGAGCAGCUGCAGCAACAAGCUCUCAUCCUGUAAUCCUGCGACCCGGGAUGAGACACAGCUCUGAGCAGCCAAGAAGCCCGUGCUGGGACCGAUAGGCAGACACAGAAGAACACGGAGGGGGAAUUGUCACACGCUGGCAUGGCCCAAGCAGGCUGCACUACAACUAUACAGUGGCUCUAAGAUUUGCCCCCAGAAAGGACAUCCUCUCAGUGGGGCCAGUCAUGAGACCACUGGACCACCUGGAAGCUGGCAGGAGGCACUUUUUAACCUAUUUUUACAAAUAUGUAUGAUUUGCAUCUCUUUGCAUAGCUGUACCACAACUCGUGACUUGGGUCUGGCCAAGUGUGAGGCUGGCAGCAGAGAAGUGACAGAGCAGGGACUGGACACUGCCCUGGGUUCCACUGUCUUACAUGGCUUCCCUCAGUAAUUUCUGAAGGGGUGCUGGGGUGUGUGGGAAAAGCAAAGACCUAGAACUGGGGAGUCGCCCUGCAUGGAGGCCAGCUGUGUUCUCUAGCCAUCCAACGCCUGUUCUGAUCAGAGCUUCUGCAUGGCUCUGAGACUACACCAGGGCCUGUGAGCUGCCUCUCCCCAGACCAGGCAAGGGGCCAACCAGUGAAGGCACCAUGCCCUUUAAGAGGAGAACAGAGGAGGGGCUUGUCAGGAGGCCUCAUCCUGAGCCUGAGCUCUGCAGCCCCUGCAUGGAGUGGGGCAGGGGCCACCAGUGUAUCCUCAAGGAGUCCUGCAGUCAGCUAUGGCUAUGGAGGGAGUCCUGCGGCCAUGGCUAUGGAGCCCUGUGACUGUGGCUAUGGAGCCCUGCGGCUGUGGCUAUGGAGGGAGUUCUGUGGCUGUGGCCAUGGAGGGAGACCCGCGGCCGUGGCCUA